AUUGUUUGGGAGCAGUGUGCCACUAUUGUCAGGCCGGCACGACGAGCAUGGCGAGAGAUCCGUGUGCUCCGCGUAGCCGCAAGCCGCAGUGGUCAGCUUCAUGGGCCGGUGUAUGACCAGUUUAUGGCCCUCUUCGCUACCGCUAUCGCUUGCACUCGCAGGACAGCGUUGUGAACGAGGAUCAGCGCGCAGUGCGUGUAGCAGCAAAGCAGCACACAACCCCGGUGACCUGUUGGGCCCGUGAGGCCUUCACGGCCCCCAUGCCCAUGGCAGGGCCCAUGGCAGGCCCCAGCGUGUCACUGACGCUGCCGCAGAUGGUGGACCUCGCUCUCGGGUCGCCAGAGGUGGGCUCCGUCAACUUCAACAUCCUCCACUCGCUGCUGCACGUCAUGAUCAAGCAGCUGGAGCUGCAGCAGUGCGCCGUCGAGUUCCGGGGCCCCGAUUCGGAGCGGAUACAGGCGGCCAUGGCCGGCAGCGCCUCGGCCAGCGCCGUCCCCGUCGCCAAGCUGUCGGACUACCGCGUGCGGGACAGGAGCCUGCGGAGGGACAGGGAGGUGGCCAGGCGCGCGCAGCAGCACGACGACUCGGAGUCAUCCCGGACGGUGGGUCCACUGCCGCGGCCUCGGCCUCGACCUCGCCGUCGGUGCCCCGCCUUUGGCCUCUACAGCAGCGCCAGUAGGAGCAGCAGCAGCGGCAGCGACGGCCCCUCGGCCAAGGUCGGCAAGGCGCGCAGCAGGAAGGGCUGCCGGCGCUGCAGCGGCGUGGACGAGGCCGAGGAAGUGCUCCGCGCGGCGCACUCGCGGAAGAAGAGGUUCUCGGCGCACCUCCUGGAGGUCCUCACCAGCUCCCACCGGCUGGAGCGCCUGGAGCGGCUGGAGCGGCUGUCGGAGGACGCCGCCUCCCUGCAGUCGUCGGCGCAGCUGGACGCCACCAAGAGCGGCGUGUGCGCGGAGGGCACGGACGUGGGGCCGCCCUCGCCGAAGAGGCGGGCCAGGCUGGACAAGCUGCAGGGCCGCACCGAGGCCGUGGAGAGCCGCGUCUCGCAGGGUGAGAACCGCUGGCCGCAGUUCGGUGGUUUGUGCCUCGCAGCCGUGAAUGCUGACUCCCUGUCCGCGCUGCUGCUGGCCGACGACCGCCUGCUGCUGGAGCUCAGGAACAAGAUGGCCGUGCUGCCGCCGACCGCAGCAACCGCAGGCCAUGGCGCGGGCAGCGCGCUGGCGGUCGUGGACGUGCGCGGCAUCCUCAACGACCUGGCGCAGCAGGGGCGCUCGCUGGGCGUCCUGCAGUCCGAGCAGCGCCAGCUGGCCGCCAGGCUGGACGGCCUGGACGCCCUGGCCAGCGGCCUGAGCCGAGGCAUAGACCAGGGGCUGGCCCUCGCGGACGGCAGGCUGCAGGCCAUGCAGGUCGACUUGGACAGCGCGGCCACGCACCUGGGCACCCUGUUCAGAGAUCGGGACCACAAGUCCAGCGCCAUCAAGGGGCUGCAGGAGCGCGUGCACACGCUGGAGCAGCUCAAGGCCGACCGGUGGCAGCUGGAGGCGGCCCUGGCCGAGAAGGCGGACCGCGGCCUGGUGUCCGCCAAGGUGUCGCACACCGAGUUCACCGCCGCCUGCACCAACAUCCACAACGACCUCGGCCAGGCCAAGACCAAGCUGACCGAGACGGAGACCCGGCUGGACUCCAAGCUGGACCGUGACGAGCUGCCCGCCAUGGCCGCGGAGCUGGCCGAGCGCGUCGAGAAGCUGGUGUCGGAACGCCCCUCGGAGCAGCUCAACCUCAGCAAGCACAGCCUCGGCGCCGCGUCGCUCCUGCUGCUGCAGCAGCAGCAGGCGCAGGCCUUGCAGGCGGAGCACUUCGCGGCCGCCACCAAGGUCAGGCUGAUCAGGAACCUGACGUGCAUCUCGUGCGACGGGCCGCGGGCCAUGCGGUGCGACGACUGGUGCCCCGCCGUGCCCACCUGCGAGAGCUUCCCGGAGCGACGGCCCACGCGGCCCUACAUGGCGGGCAUGCCGUGCCAGGCCAGCCCGCCCCCGCGAGGUGCCUCCGGGGCCGGGGAGGGCCCGGCUUGGGCCGAGCGGCCCGACGCGGUGCGUCUCGUCACCAGGUUCUGCGGCGGCAGCCACACCGUGACCCCCGUGGGGGCGAGGGUCGCCGUCGCCCACAGGGAGCGCGCCCACGUCGUCCCCCUCCCCCUCCCCUCGCCCCCUGUAGCCCAGCCGUGCACCCCGGCCACCCCGGCGUCGUGCGGGUAG